CGCAUGCGCGUAGGGAGACCCGCCUUCAGCCCGGAACUUUAGUGCUUAGUUGCGGCGGAGCACCGACCCCGGGAACUUGUUCUCCCGGAAGUAGCUACCGAGUGCUCGGGGGCCGAGAUUGGGUUGCGGAACCCUCGGUGGCGGUUGAUAAGUCGCAGGAAACCGAGAUGGAGGCCUUGGCGACUGCGGCGGUGGCGGAAGCCGACGAGGGCCGCCCUCCUCUGCCUCCGUCCUCUCCCCCGAGAGAAGCUUCCUCCCGGUUCCCGGCCAGCUUUCCCACGUCCCGGUCAGCCUUCCCGUGCUGGUGCACGGGUUCGCACAGAGCUCAGCCCAAGUGCCCGACGAAGCCGCCUGAGUAUCCGCAGCUGACCGCGACCCCCGAGGCCGCCCCUUCAGAGUCCCUGCGCCACCCCCGGGCUCGCCCCCUCACUCUUCCCGUCAGCCUAAAUGCUUCUGUUUUUGUCAUUUUAAAAUUCCAUCUGUUGCUUCAGUCUCCGGUGUGGGGCGAGGCGUGGGGGGACCCUGGCCCCGGACCACUGGCUGUCGAAGCCGGACGAUGUGUCCGAGGUGGGCGGGAGCGUGUCACGGGCCCUUUUAUGUGUUUGGAGCUUUACACGAUUAAAAACAAAACUUGAACCCUAAAAAGAAAAUCUGCACCCUCGCUGCCCAUGCUGCCUUCCAGACGAGUCCGAUUCGCCUCCAUUCCCGCGCCUCGCACCCACCGCCGUGGGCUUCCAUCGGGAGGCCUCGGGUCAAGUCUCCCGAGCCUUCUGCGCGUAGCGCUGCCCCGUGGCUCGCGCACUAGACCACCGGGGACUCGGCCCGCUUCCUCUGGUGGCUCCCUUGCAGACCGCCUCAGUGCCCUGCGGCUGCUGUAACGAACGACCGUCCGCCGGGCGGCUUCCUCCGCACGAGCUCCUUUCUCGGGGUCCUGGAGGCCGGAAGUCUGCAAUGCGUUCCUUGGCGGGGUGGGGUGGGGUCUGGUCUUUGCUCUCCCAGCCGCUGACGGCCGCGGGAUUCCUUGCCUGUGGCCUCAUCGUUCCUAGCCCUGCUUAUCCUCACGUUGCCUUCUCUUUGGGGUGUGUCAGGUCUUCCACAGGGGCUGUCAAAGGACACUGGAGUUUUCAUCGGGCGCCCCUGGACCCUAAACCACACCUGGGAAACACCCCUUCUGUUUGUUUCCCCCAAGAUAACUGUUGCAGGCGUGAAGAGACUGUCUUUUGUUUUUGUCCAUUUGAGAAAGAUGGACAGUGAGAGUUCCCAUCCAUUGGCUGGGAACAGAUGCCAUUAUGGAAGCCAGGAGCAGGAACCACCCAGGUCCCCCUCUGGGGUGGCAGGAACGCAGUCACUCGAGCCCUCACCGCUGCCUCCCAGGGUCUGCAGUCACAGGAAGCUGGGACUUGGAGUCGAAGCACCCGACAUGGGACCUGGAAUUCUAACCGCUGGGCUGACGCCCACUCCCCUUCCCAGCCGUGUCCUCGCCCAUGUCUGGCCCCUCUCCUCAUGCAUCAGCUCCUGCUUCCUGCCCGUGACCCUGUCUUGGGCCCAGUCCUGGAUGCCUCCCUCACCCCCUGCCCUUCAGCCCCACGUGGCUGCCCAGCCUCCUGGCGUCUUUGGAGCCCCGCCCCCACUCUCCCCUCCCCUCUGCCACAGCCUCUGUCCGCUCCAGCUGUCUUCUCUUGCCACACUGACACCCCCUGCACCUCGUCCCCAUCCCAGCCAAGUGGCUAAAGGGGCGGUCUCUACUUCGUCUUCAGCGCUGCCCCCUCUGGGGUUUGCCCGGGCUCAGCUUUCCUGCCGUUUCUGCCUGUGUGCUCUUCGAUCUGGACUGUCUCCCAUCCAGCUGUGCUCCCAAGGGCAGGAGCUGCACUGGGUUCCUCCCUGCACGCUGGGCCUCGCCUGCUCAGGGCCAUGUGCGCACAGAGGACCAGGGAGGGGACAGGCCGCACGGAGCCCACGCCUGGGCACUGGGGGGAGCUGAGCCAGACCCCAGUCACGCCCAGACCCCAGGACAAGGUGGAGGCAGUGGAAGGAGAGUCGGGGAGCUUGGACGGCGCCGAGAACCCGGCAGUGAGUGCCAUGCUGCGCGCCGUGGCUGCCGGCCCUCUGCCCGUGUGCAGUCAGCAGCAGGGCGAGCCCGACCUGACCGAGCGGGAAAAGGUGGCCAUCCUGAGCCAGCUGUACCAUGAGAAGCCACUCGUGUUCCUGGAGCGCUUCCGCACGGGCCUCCGUGAGGAGCACCUGGCCUGCUUCGGCCACCUGCGUGGGGACCACCGCGCAGACUUCUACUGCGCUGAGGUGGCCCGGCAGGGCAGUGCCCGGCCCCGCACCCUGCGCACCCGCCUGCGCAACCGGCGCUAUGCCGCCCUGCGCGAGCUCAUCCAAGGGGGGGAGUACUUCAGUGAUGAGCAGAUGCGGCUGCGGGCCCCCCUGCUGUACGAGCAGUACAUCGGGCAGUACCUCACCCAGGAGGAGCUCAGCGCCCGUGCCCCGAUCCAGCCCCCCAAGCCAGGCGCCCCCGGCACGCCCGCCUGCCCACUGUCUGACCUGCUGCUCCAGUCCUACCAGGAGCGGGAGCUGCAGCAGCGGCUGCUCCAGCAGCAGGAGGAAGAGGAGGCCUGCCUGGAGGAAGAGGAAGAGGAGGAGGACAGUGACGAGGAAGACCAGCGGUCGGGCAGAGACUCGGAGGCCUGGGUCCCCGACUCGGAGGAGAGGCUGAUCCUGCGGGAAGAGUUCACCAGCCGCAUGCACCAGCGCUUCCUGGACGGCAAGGACGGCGACUUCGACUACAGCACAGUGGACGACAACCCCGACCUGGACAACCUGGACAUCGUGGCCCGGGACGAGGAGGAGCGCUACUUCGAUGAGGAGGAGCCCGAGGACGCCCCCAGCCCAGAGCCGGACGGCGACUGACGGCAUCACCGUCCACUCCCCUGGCGAGGCUGCUGCCGCAGGCCGCCCCGUGACCGACCCCACAGGGGCGUCGGCCGGCUCCCCCACACCCUGGCUCGUCCUGUGCCUGCCUCAGCCCCACUGCCCUUUGUCCUGCGUCCCUGCCCUUCUCCCUCUUCCCAAGGCGCUGCCCGCUGCCUCGGGCCCAAUAUGAAAGUCCUCCGCUGGACUGAGGCCGGGGCACUUGCUGCUGGCCCCGUGCACGUCUCGUUCCACUCAGGUGGCGUGCGUGGCGCCCUCUGUCUCGCGCAGCUCCUGCUCGCUGCUGUGUCCCCAUCUCCUGGGCCUGUGCUUUUCCGUCUGUGGUUUCCAGUUCUCUCCCAGCCGUGGGCUGUCUCUGUCCCUCUGGUCUCAGCCUUUAUCUCUCUGAGCUGUAGGCUUCCCCACCCCCAAGCCUGGCUGCACGGCUCCCAUGUCUCACUCAGGACCCAGGCUGGGGAGGGGUGGGCAGCCCUGGGGGCCUGCCAGCUUGGGGUAGCAGGGGGGCUCCCCCUUCCCAGCCCCCACAAGCCCCCCCCCCGCCGCCGCCCAGCCACAAUUUUCCCUUCCUUCACUUCCUCCGCUCCCUCUCCCUCCUGUUUACACUCCCCAAAUACGUGCAGGCUGUUAUCACGGGCCUGAGUCAUCCCACACAGACUGCCCCAGCCUCCCUGCCCCCAGCCGGCCACAGGGCCCGCCCCAGGAGCCCCCUGCCGCCCUAGGCUAAUGGGAGCCAGAUGGCCGCCUGGUGACUCAGCCACCGGCCUGUGGGAACCCAGGCGCCCUGCCUUCCCAUGCCCCACACCCCUCUGGUCCCCCAGCAGAGGGGGAACUGGCGGCCGCUGGGGGAGUGGGCCACAUAAGCCAGCCGUUAGCUGAGCUGGGCCUGGGGACUCCUGUCUCCUGUGAGACAGAACGGUGGCGCCCUGACCAGGCCAGACAGACUCCCGGAACCCUUCCUGGGCCACUGUUCUGGCCUGGGCCCAGCUGUAGGUCAGCCCACCUUGAUUCCAGGAGCUAGGGUGGACAGCCAGGGGUAGGUGGCUGCAUUGGGAGGCUCAGAGGGGGUACCCGGCCAGCAGAGUUCCCAGCAUCCCUGGGCCAGGUGCCUGGCACUGCACCACAGGGACUCCUCCAGGCAGCCAACAGCCUAGGGACCCCCAGCUCCACAUCGCAGAUGGGUCAGGGGAGGCCCAGCGUGGAGGGGCUGCUUACUCAAGGCCACAGGCCCGAAGAGGCAGACAGGUGGGACAAAGGUGCUAGAGCCACCCGGGACAGGGAGACAGGAGAAGCGUCCAGGUGGGGUGAGGCCUGCAGAGGCUGCGCUGGGGGAGAUGAGCACGGCGCAGGGACGUCGUCACGCAGGAGUGGUGCUGGCACCCGACGUGGGGGAGCAUGCGUGGUCUGUCAUCUGGUCAUUAAAUCUUUAUGUUCUACUGUGCCAUCGUAAA